AUGAGCAAUGUAUCGACAAACUCGACUGGAUCAACUAGUUCCCGUACAAGAGGAAGAGUGGUUGGUGUCCCAAGGAGAUGUUGGUGCGGGGAAAGAAUUGUAGCACUUAUAUCGAAGUCUGAUCCCAAUCCUUACCGGAGAUAUUAUCAUUGUGGCUUUGCUGUAUCAAACAGGCUUAGGAACGAUGAUCACACCUUCAAAUGGGAUGAUGAGGCUUCGGUCAACGAGAUAGAUACACUUACUACAAAGAAUGUUGAAUUUGAGAAGCAUUUGAAAUAUUUCAGAAAAGAGAGAUUGGAGUUUGAGAAAAUAGUUUACGAGAAGAUGGAAAAUGAGAUAUUUGAGACGAUAGAGGAUGCUUUGUCUAAAGCAAAAACCAGCAAUAGGAAGAUGAUGGUGAUCUUAGCGAUAUUGUGCAUGAUCAUGAUUGGAUGCAGCAAAUUACUAGGCUGA